AGGUUUGACCUGGCAGGACUAUGAGCCGCUGGUAUCUCCCAAGGUGCAUAAUUGUACCUGGCGAGUCCUGCUGGUCCUUCAUUUGCCUGGAAAUUGGCCCCAGCCAUGGGUGGGGAAGAGACGAAGCCCUGCCUGGCAAACCUGAAUGUCUGCGUCUGUGGUCUGCCACCGGUCUGGUUGUGUUUAAACCCCAAAGUCAAAGGCCCAGAAGAGCAAAGCAACCUGGCAAUUCAGGCUUGCGGGCUGCAGAAGCUGUUUGCUGUGGAAGCGGAGCUUGAAGACGAGGAUUUCCUAUUGGCUGUGGAAGAUGCAGAGAACCAGUUUUCGGAUUCGGUCCCUAUGAACUCAGGAUGCUUGAGGCCCUCUUCCUCCGGGCCCAGAGACCCAAGCAACCCCCUCGCACCAACUGACGUGUCCCAAUUACCCGCUCUUUCCAGUACCGACAUGCUGUCCCCAGUCUUUGGGCUGCAGAACCUUCCCAAGCUGAAAAUGGGGGCUGAUUGCUCUUCCAGCACGACACCUGGCCUGAGGCCUCUCACGGGGGUGAACAAUCGGAUUGUGGAUCCUCCAGCUGUGGGCUUCAGGACUUUAAAGAACCAGAUGACCCCUACGUUGGCAGCGCCAGGCCUCCACACUUCAAACCGGCCUGCUCUGGCUGAGAAGUUCAGUGUGCAGGUGUGCAGGAGGGAGGAAAACAGCUGUGGUCAGACAGCAUUCAAAAAGCUUCGGAUGGGAGAUCCAAUGGUGACUCCUAGCCCUGGUGGCUCAGUCUCUCCUCAGCAGGAGGGGAGUCGGGCCAUCUCGACAGGGACAGACAGGACACAAACUCCAUCCCCAUUCCAGCAGACAGACCCUGCUCUGAAACUAAAGCUGAGGCCAAGCACAGCAGGUUCUUGCUCAUCUCAGUUUAGCCUAGUGGCUCCAGGUAGUUCCUUGGUGAAUGCAGUGCCACAGGGCAGCCCUGCAGGUGUGUCUUGUGGCACCAUCUCCACUCCUAGGUGCCACACUCCAAGGCCUUUUCUAGCAGCUUGGGGUCAGUCUGGAACCGAAGCAGGCAGCCCUUCUGUGACUCCAGUAAAGGCUCCAACUCUCAUCUCCCCACGGAGUGGCAAACCAAGGCCACCAGCCCCACAGAUGCCCAGUCAGGGUGGUUCCACACCCACCGGGCCCAACAGCAGAUGGCAACCACCUCUUAGGCUCCCCACAGGACCACGGUCCUUGAUGACUUGUAUGGAGUCACCGACUUCCACCUCCUCGAGGGCUCCCUAUUCUGCUGCUGCGACCCUGCAGACCCCCGUGGUUACCAAUCACCUUGUGCAGCUGGUCACGGCGGCCAACAAGACUCCCAAGGCUGCUGGCUGGACCCCUUCACGGGUGAAAACUCGCCGCUUCCCAGGGCCAGCGGGGAUUCUGCCUCAUCAGGAUGGUGGGAAAAAUCUGGAGGAAAUCCUGAUUUCUACUCCUCAGACUCCAGCCCAUGGAGCCCUGGCAAAGCUUCGGACAGAGGAAUUGCCGAGUUCCCAGCAGCCAAUAGAAGAGGACUUUGGAAAAGGUCCCUGGAUUGCCAUGAAAAGGGAGCUGCGGCUGGAUGAGAGAGACCCCUCCUGUUUCCUCAGAACGUACAGCGUGGCCAUGGUGCUGCGGAAGGCAGCGCUGAAGCAGCUCCCAAAGAACAGGGUCCCCAGCAUGGCAGUGAUGAUCAAGACGCUGACACGCACCAACGUGGAUGCUGGCGUCGUGUUCAAGGACCCUACCGGAGAGAUGCAGGGGACAGUGCACCGCCUGCUGCUGGAGGAGAGACAGAGUGAUCUGAGGCCUGGGUCGGUACUUCUCUUAAAGCAGGUGGGCGUGUUCUCCCCGUCCCACCGCAAUCACUACCUCAACGUGACCCCCAAUAACCUGGUGAAGAUUUACCUGCCAGAGUCCAGGGACGGGAGCCCUCUGCAGCCUUCACAGGAGCAUGGGGAGACGGGCGACAGGCCAAUGCCUGUGUCCUUAGAGGUCCAAAGCCCAGCUGAAGUCCAGCAGGACUUUCCCGCGAAUGCUCCCGGGGUCGGGACCACCCCUGGGGAUAUGAGGUGCUCCAGGAGGGACGGAAACAGCAGGUGGAGUACAGACCCAUCGCCUGGGAGGCGACUGCUGCUGGGGAGCCAUGGAACAAGCGAAGCAGGGUCAAACGGACCUUCCCAAAAGGAGCCCCUGGGGGUUGAAGCCUGUGACAUGGAUGACCUGGACGGGCUCCUAGGACAGUUGCCGGAGGACUUCUUCUCUGCUUCGGGCAUGGAGAGCAGCUGGUGACCUCUCUGGAGUGCCGGCGAGGCGCUGAUUCCCCCAGAUGGAUGCUCAGCCAGCGGCAGAACCCCAGUGUCACGGCAGAGCAAGGACUCUGACCAGUGAGGUGACGCUUGUGUCUGCACAGGGCUCUGAACGGCAGGUGCGUUCUGUGGCUGAAAGCCAUGAUGACGGGACCCUGCUGACAGAUAGUCUGGGGCUCCCGUUCGCAAAAGGGGCGAUGCCGGCAGCCCUGACAGGGAACGAUGCCUGCCUUGCUACCUUGGGCAGCAGCAGCCUCGCAGUCUGUGCAUGGAGCCCUUGAGGGGUCGCUACCUGCGAGUGACACAGCUUUCCCCUCCAGUAGCCGAGUCCUGCAUUAAAUGGGUGUUUGGGACUUUAACGUGUGACGCUCUUUCUUUGGCUGCCCAGCCUCCUCCACUUUGAUUUCCUGCAGAGCCAGCCUGCCUCCUCGCCGGGGGAGCAUGGGGCUGUGUGGGGAGCCGCGGAGGCUUGUGUUAAACUGGAGUUUGUCUCCUUCUAAAGCAUUUCCUUGAAGCUGGCUGGCUCGCUCCUGCAACGUGCCUGUUGGCCUCACUGGGGACUGACACAUGCAAGGGCUGCGUGAUCCAGCCUGCGACGGGAGAGGAGCUGCUGAUGAGGGCGACAGAGUCCUGGAUAUUGGAGUCCGAUCCUCGCCCCCGCAGAGCAACCGAAACUCCCAUCCGAGUCACUGAGUAUCAAAGGGAGCUCAGUACCUUUUCAGGAACAGGCCCGCGGCUCCCCACAGACAAAGGCUUGUGUCCAGUGCAGCUGUGUGGGCGUCGUUCUCAGCUGGGCACUGGGAUGGCAGCCAGGGCCAGCCGGAAUCCCUACGCUGUGCUUGAGAUGGUGACGGCUGCACUCAUGUCCGGGCCAAACUUUUACCAACUGCCUGGCUCCCUGCUGAUCUAGCGCUGUUCUGGGGAAGCUUCCCAGGCUCUGAUCUUCGAGAGAUGCGCUUGUGUUAUAAAAGAAAAUCAAAUCUCUCAAGGUGAUGCAGAAGGCACCAUCCCUAAUAGUGAGCAGACGGUGUUUUCCCUUCACAGGAGUCAUCCAGGGUACAAAUUCUCCAGCCUGAAUUCUGCGCUCUUCUAUUCUGAGUUUGGUCUCAGCUGGGGCAGUUGGAGGACACUGCCCAGCUAGGAGAAGGAGCAAUUCCUGGCUCCGGAGAGCUGAUAUUGAGAAGGCCUCAGGGCCUAAGUCUGCUGUUUGUCGGCACCACUCAGAACUGGGCCCUGAGUCAAGACAAAGUAACUACAGCAGGUGCCUGGGGGCUGCGGUGCGGUUAGGCAAGGAAAGGGAGGCAGCAUUCCUCGCCCAGCAUUACACCUUUCAUCCCAUAACAGGGGUGAUGAGUGCACUCAAUGUUACAGGUCCUUCCCACCCCCCCUUGUGGACUCAGCCCCAUUGUGCUGUGGGGUGUAGGUAGGGACAGCCCUGCUCCCCACUCAAGAGCCAAGAAAUAGUUAACGCUGCAUAUCUGCCAAGAAAUUCCCCCUUAGCUGCUGUAGGUUUGUUCUACCCAAUGCAUUCUCCAAAGCUUUAUCCUGCCUGAAAGCACCCUGAGCUAUUUACUUUCCACUGCUUCCUCUUCCACGGCCUAGCACGUCUCAUUAGUAGCAAGCAUUUUUCACUUGUACAGUGUAUUAAUACUCAGCUCGCAGUCCUCAGAGCCCUUUACGAAGAAGGACAGUAUCGUUAGCCCCACUUUACAGGUGGUGAAACUGAGGCCCAGAGGACAGUGCCAAAACUCACCCCACAGAGCUGAGAAUAGAACUAGGGCUGCAUCUCAGUAACCCCCCAUGAGCUGGGUUACAGCGUUACUGAGCCGAGACGAUAGGCCUGCCUCCCCUCGGCCUGCCGUCGCAAGUCAGCAGCCCUGCCUGGCUCUGGUGUGCCAAAGGCACAAGUUCAUUUCUGUCACUUGCCUCUGAAGUCUUGCCCCUUUGCCGGUCCCUGCCUGAGUCUGCAGAGAGCCUGCAACGAUCCCUCAGAGAGACGCCUCCUCUGUGAGUGUCACUUGGGUCUAAAUCCAAGACUCGAAGAGCCCAGUAGAUCUGCCCCAGUGGCUUGGGUAAGAAGCGGGGGCCCGACGAGCACACCUCCCUCGAAGGGAGAAGCUGGCAGACCCUGGCAUCCUCUUCAGAGCAGGCAGGGGCUUCCGAGGCCGGCCCAUGGCAUGCUGUGUCUAAAGGAAUUGACCGCUGUAUGCCGCCCCGUCUUCGUCACAGGUCUCCUCUAUGGAAAAACUCCUGUGCCGCUUCCCUGGGCUGGAUUUGUGCCACAGGCAAGUGCCAGUUGUUCGAGCCCCCCGGCCAGCCUCUUGGGAUGAGGGAGUCGAGCCCUUCCAUGGGACCCCACGCCACCCUCCCGCCUCCAAGAACACCCAGCAAGGAGUCCAUCUCUCUCCCCCAGCAAGGGAGAUGGCGUGGUGGCAGCUUCAGGCUCUUCGCUGUGGCCGUCACACCACUCCUGCAGUGGAGAAACCACCAGCUCCAGCACUGUCAGUCUGGCCCCACCUGCACUCAGUUGAUGGACAACAUGCAAGCGCAAACGAGGGGCCAAAUUAGCAUGAUGUAUUGUCUGUUUGCAGUAGCACCUAGCGGCCCUAGUCCUGGGCCAAACCCUCAGAGGUUGGGAAAACACAGAAUCAGAAAGCUGGCGUCUGCCCCCCGAGAGCUCCCAAGCCAAAUCUAAGACCAGAGAUUCCAGGAGCGGACGGUAUGAGGGCGGCACGAGGAAGCCAGAAGCGAUACUGGUCAGCAUGAUGGGCAGUGGUCUCAGCUGCCUCUUUGGGGUCCCGGUUGUUGCAGGUCUUAUAGCCAAGGCGCAAUGAAACAAGUAGAAGGGCACUCUGUGCGCGCCCGCCUCAGGAGCUUCCAUUCCUGUGGCUCGCUCUCCGCCAGCGUUGUCAGUGGCUGUAACUGACAAGCAGGCCCCUCCGGGCUCUGUUUAUUCUGCCACGAUGAGCAGGUGUCCCCGGUUUGCUUAGACGCCUGCCACUAACAGCUCAACACCCCUGGCCCCGGAUAGAACAUGACACUGCACAAACAUCUGUUUACUGCCGUGGUAAAUAGCCCCUCUAUUUAUAGCAUGGCCUGGCUUGCUCUCGGUCGCCAAGGGGAGGGGUUCCCUCCUCAUACCCGUAUUUAUA